AUGCUGGAAGGUCAUAUGCUCUUCCUCUUUCUGGUAGUGGUGUUGCAGUUUAUCACUGGGGUCCUGGCAAAUGGCCUCAUUGUGGUUGUCAGUGCCAUUGAUCUGAUCACUCGGAGUAAAAUGGCACCAUUGGAUCUGCUUCUUUCUUGCCUGGCAACUUCUCGGAUCAUUCUGCAGUUGUACAUCCUGUUUGCACAACUGUGGCUAUUCUGUUUGGUGAACCCCUCUUUAUUUACUGAUAGUAUUAACUUUGUUUUCUUUGUAAAUGAGUUGAAUCUUUGGUUUGCCACAUGGCUUGGUGUUUUCUAUUGUGUCAAGAUUGCUACCAUCCCUCACCCACUCUUCUUGUGGCUGAAGAUGAGGAUAUCCAGGUUGGUACCAUGGCUGAUCCUGGGGUCUGUGCUCUGUACAGCUAUUACUGCUUUCAUUCACAGCAGAGCGAUAUCAACAAUCCCUAAAGAACUCUUUAUAAACCUCUUUGCUAAAAAUGCAACUCAGGUCAGAUGGGUAUAUGCCAUGCCACUCUCCAUCUUCAUCCUUGGGCUCUCACUGCCAUUGCUCAUCUUCCUUACUGCUGUUCUGCUCUUGAUCUUCUCCUUGUGGAACCAUAGCCGGCAGAUGAGGGCUACCGUGGGCACCAGGGUAUCCAGCAGACAUGCUCUCAUCAGUUCAAUGCUGUCUGUUAUGUCAUUCCUCAUCCUCUAUUUCUCCCACUACAUGGUAGCUAUUCUUGUCUCUAUUCAAGGCGUCGAGUUUGGAAGCACAGCCUUUCUAAUCUGUACAUUGGUGGUUGGUAUGUACCCCUCACUACACUCAAUUGUCUUAAUUCUAGGGAAUCCUAAGCUGAAACAAAAUGCAAAAAUGUUCACUGUCCAUUGUAAAUGUCAUUGUGAGAGAACUUGGAUCACUUCAAGGAGCCUGGGGCUCAGUGACUAG